AUGCCCAACACUGAAUCCGCUGAGAAGCCACUCCGGCCUGAUUUUGACUCACCAUCUGUCUUCUGCCGUCUUCUGGACAAGGACAAGGGCGGUCACUUCAGCAUCGCCCCAGCGGUAGAGACGGCUUGCACCACAAAGCAGCAGUAUCUACCCUCAACCAACAUCCUGCAGACGCGCUACAUUCACGAGGACGGCGUGGUUGACCUGGUCGACUUCUUCCCGCGGCCCAAGGAUGCGGCCGUCGUGACCAAAGGGCUGAAGCAGAACGCCUUCCGCGAGGUGACCAGGGUGCAGGAGGAGCUCAAGAAGUGGCUGGUCCGCCGCGUCGAGUGCAUCCGCGGCCGUCUGAGCCUCGAUGUCGAGAUAUUCCCGGCGUUUGAUUAUGCUACAUCGCCGCACAUCACCACCAUUGAGCAGGUCGUCCAUGACCCCUGUGGCGCCGUGUCCAAGACUGUUACCUUCCACAGCAAAAAUGUCAAGCUGCAGCUGGAUGUGUCGAUAGACAAGGGUGAUGGGGACAACGAUGCGUGCCCGGUUGUGGUCUUCAAGAAGGAGAAGCGGGAAGGUAUGCUAGGCGAGGGCAUUGUGGCGCAUAUCAUGAUCGAAGAAGGCCAGGCCAUCAGCUUUGUCCUGCGCAACGACAUCCCGGAUCACAUUACCGAGAACAUCACCACCGCCGUCCUGGACAACCAGCAGCACGACACGCAGAGCUUCUGGUACAACUGGAUCUCCAAGAGCAAAUACAAAGGCCGGUGGCGCGAGGUCGUCAGCCGGAGUCUGAUGAUCUUAAAACUGCUUACUUAUGAGCCUACUGGUGCGAUCGUUGCCGCACCCACAUUCUCAGUACCAGAGGAGAUUGGUGGUCCUAGAAACUGGGAUUAUCGGUACUCGUGGGUGCGAGACUCCAGUUUCACGAUUUACAUCCUUCUACGGAUGGGCUAUAUCGAGGAGGCUGAUGCCUACAUGGAGUUCAUCAGCGAAAGGAUCCUUAAAUCAAGGACACCCGAUGGCGACCUUCCCAUCAUGUUCACCAUCAGGGGCGAGACAGAGAUCCCGGAGAUCGAGCUCGGCCACCUUGAUGGAUAUAGGGGUAGUAAGCCGGUCCGCAUUGGCAAUGGUGCCGCUUUCCACCAGCAAUUCGACAUCUAUGGCGAGCUGCUCGACGCAAUUUACUUGAACAACAAGUAUGGAAAGCCUGCAACAUGGGACCAAUGGGUGUCGGUCAGGCAGCUGCUAGACCACGUCCUGACGAUCAUGGACCAACCCGACAUGUCCAUCUGGGAGGUUCGAAACCACAAGCAGAACUUCACCUACUCGAAAAUCAUGCUCUGGGUAGCGUUUGAUCGAGGUCUUCGACUGGCUGACAAGAGAAACCUGCCUUGUCCCAACAGAGCGAAAUGGCUGGAGGCUAGAGACAGCCUCUACGAAGAGAUUAUGGAAAAGGGCUACAACACGGAGAUGAAGUGUUUCGUCCAGAGCUACGAGAAUAAUACUAUGCUCGACUCUUCCAUUCUGAUCGCCCCCCUGGUCUUCUUCAUAUCACCCAACGAUCCUCGCUUCACCAACACCCUCGAUCGCAUCCUGCUACCCCCUGAGAAGGGCGGCCUCACCAGUACUGGCCUCGUCUAUAGAUAUGACACGGAACUUUCAGAAGACGGUGUCGGUGGCCGAGAAGGUGCUUUCAGCAUGUGUACGUUCUGGCUCGUAGAAGCCAUGACGAGAGCCGCGACAUACGACCGCAAAUAUUUGGUGAGAGCAAUCAAUCUGUUCGAGAAUAUGCUGGGCUUCUCGAACCAUCUUAUGAUGUUCUCGGAGGAGAUAGCACGGAGCGGCGAGCAGCUGGGAAAUACUCCCCAAGCAUUCAGUCACCUUGCUCUGAUCAGUGCGGCAUUCAAUCUGGACCGGAUUUCAGAAUUCCACAGGUAG